CGCGAUCACCGAGUAUGUCGAGGUAGCAGCCUUGUUGAAACACUAUGCGGUGAACCGUGUCUCGGUGGCGUACGCACCCGUAGUCGGCGGUUACGAUUUUGCUCACGGGCGAGGUCUGCGACACGACGCGGAGAUGUUUCACCGCAGUAUUGAGUCGUUCUAUUUCGGUUUCAGGAUCACAGUUCGCUCCGUCUCGGUGCGCAAUGCUGCGGAGGCGGGCCAGCGCGACCACCUAAGCUUGUUACAGCGGGAACAGUGGAAGGUCGAAGUUGUUGAGCAACAAGCGAAUGGUCGCGAGAAAGAAUCUCCUUCCGCGGGUUCUCGACGAGCAACAAGAACACCAGAGUUCUCAGUGCCAUUGGAUGAGCAGCGACGGGAGCGGGAGGCGCGGCGAAGCGCGUGGGAGUCUGCUGCCCGGUGGAUCGGGAAUUAUUUGCCCUUCACGUCGACGACCCAGGAGCUAUCUACAGAGUUUUUGCUGUUCCGCCCCGCAGCAAUUGAUAUCUUCGACGAGGACCGCAAGGUUCUUAAUGCUGCAGCAAGAGGUGUCGGUGUCGCUGAGUCUGGCCCUGGCCCGAGCCCGCAGCAGCAACUACACCAAGGAGGGCCUGAUGCCGUCUGGGCCAGGCUUUUCAGACAGAUGCAAGCGCUUUUACAAGAAGCCAGAAGAGCGACGGAACGAAUCGGGUGGUCCUCUGCCGAACAGGAUGAGGCGAUCAAGCCGGGUGCCACGAAUAUGGUGGCGACCGUUCUCGCGCUGAAACAGAAGUGUUUAUCGAAUUACCAGCUUUGGGAGGAUAUCUUCGGACUUGGAAAAGCGGUCUGGGUGCGAUUCCAGCAGCCGGAGCUGCGCUGGAGCGUAGAAAGCUAUAGGAUGAUGGAGUCAAUGGAAGCAGACAUUCGUUAUCUCCUGCCAAAACUGCGGGGCGGAGUAAGCGUGACGUUCCUCAGUCUGAAGGUGACCCUGCUGGCCUACCGCAGGUCGGAAAGGGCUCGGAUCCUGUCGGAUUUCGUGCAGCGGAGGGACCAGCUGAGACAGCACUUGUGGCAGUUGCCGGGUCCGAAUGGUCUGCUGAACGAGGUGUACGCUGAGAGCAAGGACAUAUUUCUUGCAGGAAAGAGCAAAAUAAAUGGGCGUCGCACCAAACACGACAUGAGCACCAGUUUGGAGAGCGCACUGUGGUUGCGCAUCGAGGUGCUAACCAAAGUCCCGGUUCAUCCAGAGGACCCUCCUGCACGGAAAAUAGACAAGCAAGUGUUGAUCAACGUUCAUCGGACGUGCGACGGUGUUGACGAGCUGCUCCUCCCGGCCGACUCCCGCCGUCACGGCAUGGUCGCUCGUUCCCGCGGUGAGCACCAGCAACGCGCCGCCAGAGAGCGGCAGCGGGAACAGGCGUUAGCGCGGGAGAAGCAAGCGCAGACGAGGCGGCGCAUGGACUUUGAAUGGGAGCUGCUCCGGUUACUCUUCGACUUCGACCUGGACUACACAUCGGACGUGGCGCUGCAUGCGCUAGGCUUCGACAUUCGGUGGGACCGGGAGAGGGCGGAGGAACAACACGAGGAGGAUAUGCAUUGCAAAUUAUCGACCUGGGUCUGGAUUUGUGCUGCAAGAUUUGAACAGCAACAAGAUCUGUGAUGCAUGAAUAGGAGUGCGGCGAGGAGUAGAGAGGUUUUUUGUCAUGCUGUAUGAUCUUAUGGUAGUUUGUCAUGCAGCUAAAUACGAACGAACUCGCGCUCGCCGAGAUCAAGUAGAAAUGCCGAGGACAAGAACUUCUCAUGCUUUUAUGCCGUACAAGCUGGCACAGCACUCUGCAACGCAGGUACGACGAGCAAGACAAAUUUCGAGACGUCCAGGGAUAAUAUUUGUGAAAUGCAUAGAGGAACUUCUACAACGGCAACAUCAAGAACCACUGCACAAAGAUCCUCACCCGGAGCACCAGGUAGAGCAACGUCGAGCCCAAGACCAAGAGGACCCCCAAAUGGGCGGAGGCGGCUCUGUUUUUAUUCCGAACAGACGGGGACAUCAACCGAAUUCCGAUCCUCUUGGUGGCGCAAGUCGUGGCGCACAUGGGGAAGAUGAACAAGAUGUUGACACUAGUCCUCUAGAGGGGGGGGGACGAGGAGCUCCUGGUGCACCACGACACAGGAAGAACGAAGAACAAAUGAAGGGCUUCUCCCAAGCGCUGGACACCGACAGGAUGACGCUUUUUAGGCUCCAGGAGGAGCUGGGUCUCAAGGGGCUGGAGUUCACCAGAGACAGUUUGCACCUCUGUUUUGGGUUGCUCGUGGACGUGCUUUUUAAAGUCUUUACGGGGGCGACAGCGAUGACAGAGCAGAUGAAUGGUCUCACAACUCGUAGCAGUGCUAGUAGUAGCUCUAGCACUACAAGAACUUCUUUUCAUCCUGGCAGCGCAGCGACCAUGACAUCAUCUCCGGCCCAAAAAUCCAGAGUGCCGACCUUCCUCCCUGCAGGCUGGGAAAUAAAAAGAGAUCCUGGUCGUGUAGGAGGUAAAGUCGAGCAAGCACUACAACUGCAAGAACAGCACGAUCAUGUUGAAGGACGAGAGCGGCAGCCGUCGAACAACAACAAGGACAACAAAGUACUAUCAAAGCACGAGCAAAUGGAACCGGAUGCCGACAUGAAUGAAGCUGACAAGAAGUUCCAGGAAGCGUGCCAGAUUGAUCAUCAUGUUGAUGUGAGGACCACGGGCCGCCCCGAGACUAGAAGCAAAACUUCUCCCACUAGAAGUGCUCAAAAAACUCAUCCGCCGCAUCAGUUUGACGACGAAGCUGUCGAGCGUGCCGCGAGGGAGUUGCGCAAUCUGUGUCUGGUUGGACGACCACGACCACCACAAGUAGAGAGUACUAGUAGUAGUCCGUUUUCAGCUCGGAGAAACGAGAUACGCCGACCUAAAAAACAGGAUCCAGCUAUGGAAGCGUCAGGUUCGAUAUCGACAAAGUUCAAAGAAUUGAUCAGUGCAAGUGCAUGCUAAUGUUGCAUAAAAAUCGUUGCCAGUUGUUGGACCCACAAUUUCUAGUCGGCGUCUGACAAAUUUUCCCUGUGCCAGAAGCAAAUCUGUCAUGCUGUUUAGGGCACAGGAGCGGGAGCCCCCUUCUGUCAUGCUUGUCAGCAGCCUAAUACUAUACUUGGCCCGUAGCAGGGCUAUGAUUUGCCUCCCUGGCGUCCUCUGCAAUAGAGUCACACCUUGCGACGUCGCAUUUUAUGCGUGGUUACAAAUUACUUACUUCAAAUUCAACCUUGUGAAUUUCGAGCCUGACACUCCCAUACCAGCAGUUGUUCCACCGUCGCAAGAAUACUGCUCGAUGUCGCCGGAGAUGAGCUUCAUUGAGGGAAAGCGGAUCUUGCAAAAAGCCGCGGAUUUAUGUAUGGACAUCAACCCCCUGUUGGGCAUCCUGGGGACAACCACGACCCGGCUUUUUAAGAAAAGUACCGCUGGAGUAGACAGCAAGCCGGGCCAUGCACCAGGCGGACCCGCGAGCAGUGACGGCACUGGCAAGAUGAAAGGAGCUCCUGCGGUACCAGUAGAGGCGCUGACAACACAGGAAAUGUUCGACAAGUUGAUAAGUUUGUUUGAGCAAAAGUUUGUUCCCGCUUGUAGUGCAAAGGUGCAAAGUAAAACCGGAGGAAGUAUGUUCGGUGGUGGUUCUCCUUCGACUAGUGCAGCUUGGCCUUCAUCGCUUCUAGGACAAGUGCGGUUUCUUCCCGAAUUGUAAAGCACGGGAACAACAAGAUAAGCACAGUUGUACGGCCUCUCCCUCGGACUGUUUUACUCUGCGCAGCGGCGGGACGCUCGUCAUCGGCGUCGACGGAACGUCCGCUUAUCAACUACGCGGUGGAUGCUGUCGUUCUUUCUUAGGGCGCUCGCAGAGUGGUGAGGACGGUGGGAGGUAUUGAUUUGAUGAUGUUGCAGGAGGUCCUAUUUAUUACAACAAGCAUUACUGUUCGAAAAUUAAUAGAAGGCCGCUAUGUACAAAGAUCAUUUUUAGCAAUAUUUGUUCGUGUAUGAUGUUUCUCAUAUUACCGCACAGAAUUAUCUUUUUACUCUUGAUAUUAUCAAAUCUAGAAGAUGAAGAAACAGAACGUAAAGGCAUCUGUAGUUCACCUAGCGGCCGCUAGGUGAGAUUCAAGAAGUGCGGAUUUAGUCCGCACUUUUGAUACGUGUUAUUUCUUUCGCGCAGCUGUAAGCAACAUUUGGAGCACCGCAGUUAAGGACCACCCGGCCGGUUGCUUCGUAACUCCGGUGGGGAGUUAUUAACGAAAAAAUUUGUGACCCCGCUCUACAAAAGCAAAACCUAAACCAAAAUAAGCCGGCCCAAAAAUAAUGCGAGGACAGGAGCGAGUCGUGAAGAUCAAGAUAAGAGUUCCGGCACUUCUACUAGUGCGGAAUUUCGCGCUCGACUCGUUAUCAGAGUCGAGUGGUUAUCGAUGCUUCUCCUCAAGAAAAAUGAUUUGGAUGAUUGCCGCGUUUUCUUUUUUAUCGCUGAUUUCCUUGGACGCAGAUUAUAUCACCCUCAAAAAACGCAACUAUUAGAUUUCCAGGCUUAGAGGGCGUGUUGCUCGCAAAUCAGAUACAACUGGAAAGAAAAUGGGUUUAACGAAUGAAAUCGCUACAGUUUCACAACGGGUGGAUGUUGUUGCUCUUCAAAACUUUGUGUCGCC